UGGAGCGCGCGCGCCCGCCCGCCCGCCCGAAGAGCAAUAACAGCAUUUUCAGCGACAUCGCUCGAUUUACGCCAUGCAAAUAACACGAGAAAAUGAAACGGGACUGGUACGGCAGAGAAUGUAAGACAUUUGUCGUGUAUCUAAUCUCCUAAUGCUUCCUAGAAUUUAUGACUAACAAGAUUUGGGACGUUGCUACACAGUCGCCAGAUCUCAGGGAAUAAUUGAGUCUUAACCGCCACAUACCCAGACAAACCCAAGCAGCAUGCCAGAGCAGAGUAACGAUUACCGGGUGGUGGUGUUCGGAGCAGGAGGAGUGGGCAAGAGCUCCCUGGUUCUACGCUUCGUUAAAGGCACCUUCAGGGACACCUACAUCCCGACGGUGGAGGACACGUACCGGCAGGUCAUCAGCUGCGACAAGAGCGUAUGCACUCUGGAGAUCACCGACACCACUGGCAGCCACCAGUUCCCUGCUAUGCAGCGUCUGUCCAUCUCCAAGGGCCAUGCCUUCAUCCUGGUCUACUCCAUCACCAGCAGGCAGUCGCUGGAGGAGCUGAAGCCCAUCUACCAGCAAGUGCUGGCCAUCAAAGGUAACGUGGAGAACAUCCCCAUCAUGCUCGUUGGCAACAAAAGCGACGAGACCCAGCGCGAGGUGGAGACCAAGGAGGGCGAAGCUCAGGCGAACAUCUGGAAAUGCGCGUUCAUGGAAACAUCAGCCAAGACCAACACCAACGUGAAGGAGCUUUUUCAGGAGCUCCUGAACCUGGAUAAGAAGCGUGAUAUGAGUCUGAACAUGCGCUCCAGCAAGCAGAGACGUGCGGACAAGCUGAAGGCGAAGUGCAGUGUGAUGUAGAAGGCUGGUCGCGUCGCUCGACGAGUAACAGACUCCUCGAAAAAUGUACAUAAGUCCCUCGGCAUAAAGGAACAGUACGCACAAAAAAUUUAACUUCUGUCAUCGUUUACUUACCAUCCUGCCAUUUUAACCUACUUUGUACCUUGUGUAUUCCAAGUCUUAUUUUUCCACUCAAAUCUAUCGAAUGGAUUGUUAAGACUUGGAAAACAGCACUAUUCAUACGGACUGCCUUCAUGAUAUUUUUACGGUGCUUUUGCACCCUUACAAUUGUUCUGUUUCCUUUGUGUGCGUUCGACGGAAGAAAGCGGCACGAGAGCGAGUAAAUGAUGACAGAACUUUCAUUUUUGGGUGAACUCUCCCUUUAACUCUCCAUCCCUCUCAGUCUUAAUCAGGUAAUCUUUAGUGCGCAUCCAAACAGUCAACCAUCUCCCUUCCCCUGUAGUGACUCUGUGUACAAGACUAUAAGAGCUGACACACGAAGCAGGGAGGACGUCCCACGAUUCUCACACAUGCUCUCUCUACUGCUUUCUGUUGACUUUUUACUGAAUUCAAGACAGACCAAAUCAUCAAUGUGGCCAUUUUUAUGUCAGGCUGUGUCUUUAAUGGUACGGUGUUUGGAGAUGCAGACAUAAAUGUCUUGAACUGGCUCUGCAUUGUACGGGAUUCUCAUCCAAAGGAGGAAAAGGCCUGGGCACAGCUGAAGAGGCGACACUAUCCGCUCUUCCAAAUGACAUACACUAUAGCAGCACAAAAGAAGCCUAUUACAAAAUCGGGACGGAGGACAUUCUUAGUUAACCGGCUUGCCAGUGAUGUAACCUGGUAUAACAGAGUAAAGUGCAUAAUGCAUGUCUGAUGAUAUAAACUACCUUCAUAUUUAAUGUGAUUGAGAUCUUUUCAUCGAGAACAGAGCUAUACCUUAUUGAAGCACAGUGAAUAAGUCCUAAAUGUGAUCAUUUCUAAAAGCUAUUUUUUUGUGACCGGGUGGGGUUCGGGGUGUCGACUGGUGUUUUGUUUUACUCCGUUUCGUUUUUCAAGUGUUGAUGGCACUCGAAAACCUUAAUAUAUGCAUUUCAUCAUCUAACUGAAAACAUAUAUCCUGUAUGUGAAAUCUAUGUGUAUUAUGAGCACUAAUGAAGCCCCUGUACAGCCCCUGUUUUUCUGUCAGUGUCUAUAUUUCCUCUGAUAAUUUAAUGCCAUUUGCUUUAGCAAUACAUGAUAUAAAAGCACUUUUAGAAUCUUGAGCACAUUCAAAACACAGAGCGUUAACCUUUACAAAAAUGUUCUUGUCAAACACUCUGCGUUUACAACUUUACUGCAGAUAAAGUGUUUAUUCAAUAAAUAUUAUGUGAGGGACCAGAAAAAUAAAGAAGCACAAACAAAAGGGAAAUAAC